UCACCUCCCAAGAAGCCUCUUCGUUACCCACCUCAUUAACCACCUCCUUACCCGCCUGGUUACCCUUAGUUACCCGCCUGGUUACCCGCCUGGUUAACCCCUUGUUACCACCUCCCCAUGGCGGAGGCAGAGCGGAAAUCGAUGCCACCCUCCGUUGUCCCCGAGGACGUCACCAGCGAUGACGCUCAUGCCAUGGGGCACAACCCGUUGCCCAUCCUACGCCAGGUGGUGGCCGCCUGCGUCUACCCUGAGCUCCUCGAUGGCCUCGUUCUGCCCGAGGCGGCUCAGAACCGCGCCAGGAGGGCCCUGAGGGACAUGGAAGAAGGCAACGUCGGGGGCUACAACCACCAGCACCGGUCGCUGGUUGUCCCGGCCAGGGUUGCGCGUUUCCUCAAGCGCCGUGAUGGGGGCGUCCCCAGUGACCCCCGCAACAUUGUCAUCUGCAACGGCACCGCCAGCAUCCUCCCGUUCGUCUAUUCCCUGGUGGUGGAUGAGACGGCGGCGCUGCCGACGGCCGUGCUGGUGCCGGUGCCGGGUCCCCGUCUCCACGGGGCGGCAGCGGGGCUGGCGGGAGCCGUGGCUGUGCCGUACUCGCUGGCCGAGGAGCGCGGCUGGGACGUGGACGGUGACGCGGUGCGGCGAGCGCUGCAGCAGGCGCGGGCGAGAUGCCACCCCAAGGUCCUCUGCGUCGUCAACCCUGGGGACCCCACGGGGCACGUGCUGAGCCGGCAGAGCAUGGAGGCCAUCAUCCGGCUGGUGGCCGAGGAGAACCUCCUGCUGCUGGCGGACGAGGUGCAGCAGGAACGAGCCUUCCUCCUCGAUCGCCCCUUCCUGUCCUUCAAGCGGGUGCUGUGGGAGAUGGGCGCUCCGUUGGCAUCCACCGUCCAGCUCGUGUCCUUCUACUCCCUCUCCAAGAGUGUCGCCGGAGAGAGUGGUUUCCGUUCAGGGUUCCUGGAGCUGGUGAAUGUGGAAGAAGGUGUUGUGUUGCCCUUCCAUGUGGCGCAGUCCAUCCCCCGGCCCUGCGUCCUCGGGCGGAUCCUGCUCGAUAUCCUCAUGGACCCCCCGGAUGAGGGGGACCCCAUCCAGAAGGCGCUGGAGGAGCACCGCGGGGCUCUGCUCCACAGCCUGGCCCACAACGCCCGGCUGGUGCAGGAGGUCCUGGCCCGGGCGCCCGGCAUCUGCUGCCACCCCGUGCAGGGCGGCGCCCGCGCCUUCCCCCGCAUCCAGCUCCCGCCCCGCGCCCUGCGCCACGCUCAGGAGCUGGGCCUGGAGCCCGAUGUCUUCUUCUGCCGGGAGCUGCUGGAGGCGACGGGGAUCGUGGUGGCCCCGGGGAGCGAGUUUGGGCAGCCGGAGGGCACCCACCACGUGGGGCUCUCCCUACUCCCACCGCCUGAAAAGCUGACCCAGAUCCUUCAUACCCUCACCCGCUUCUACGCCGCCUUCCUGCUCCGCUUCUCCUGAUGUCACUUCUCCACCGAAGCCCAUUCCGUGGAAUCCUGGGGUUUUGGGGUGGGGGGACGACAAUGGACGCAGCCGUGGUGUAAUCACAGAA